AUGUACUCGCCUCCCGUCGCCGUGGUCCUCCUCGCCCUCGCCGCCUCGUCGCUCGAGUCGGUGAGCGCUCUCACCGCCGCAUACCUCGCCGACGGCAACUACUACCAGUCGGGCUCGAUCUCGAACACGUUCAGGUGGCAAGCUUCGGGUCCGCUCGCGGCAAACCGGUGCCCGCGGGCCAUUGUCGGCCUGCGUUGGCCAGGGUCGUGUUACACCUCCUCUCUCGGGGCGACGGGCAACCUGCAGACCACGACGCAGCAGCAGUACCUCGCCGCCGUCGCCGCGAGUUCGUCGUCCGCCGCCGCCGCGCGAAAGUACGUCGCGCUCGCCGCAUCACCGUCGCAGGACCCGACCGACUCGAGAAGCGAGGCCGAGCUGCGAGCGCUGCAAGACGACGAGGACCUGGACGCCUACUUCGAGGCGUUCCCCGAACAAGAACCGUACCGCUUCCCCAACUACGCCUCGUUCCAGGUCGGCUCGCCGAGCUUCAAGGCCAAGCGCCAGGUCAACGGCUGUGGGCCUCCUCCUCCUUCGACGACCGUCGCACCGCCUUCUUCUACGACGACGAGCGCUCCCUCGACGACUACUACCGCCGCAGUCACUCCUCGACAGCGCAACGAACUCUUCACGUGGCCUGGCGCCGUCGCUGGGCAGACGUGGCGCUACACGUGGAAGUCGUGGCAGGCGACGACCUCGACCAACUUCAACUUUCAUCACGCAUGGCAAAUCUUGCGGCGCGACGGCUGCGGCGGCGCCGUGAUCACGCUCGACUACCUCAACGGCCAGGUCGUCAUCACGGACACGGUCCGGGACUGCAAGCCGUGCGCGACGUUCAGCCAGGGCAUCGACGCCUGGUUCAACAAGGAGAUCACGCACGAGAUGACGAUCACGUACGGCCUGAGCGGCUCGAUCAUGUACACCGCCUACGUCAAGGGGAGCGCGAAGCCGGCCAUCGCCUACCGUGCGCAGGGCGACAUGGGCUCGUCGGCUUCGCUCAAGAUCGGCAACUACCGCCGGUCGACGUCGGGACAGCAGGCGUCGACGGCGUACAUCGGCGCGUUCACCCAGACGAGGCUGGCCUGAGGCUCGCCUUUCUCUCUCACUCUCUGUCUCGUGUCUCUCUCUGUAGCACUCUCGGUGGCUUGGUCUUUCGCCGCACAUCUAUCCUGUCCGUCUCUCGUUGCAUUAAUCGUCUGUACGGGUUCCCUCUGGGUCUGGGCGCGCCGAGAGGCUGAUCGAGAGCGGCGAGAGAAAGUACGAGAGAGAAAGGGGGACGAGUGUGGGCGAGGC